AUGAUUAGGACAUCACUGUCCAGAUUACUAUUACCCAGUACAGCCUGCUCUUGGCCUGAAGAAGAGGAUACCAAAUUAAAAGUCUUGUCACCGCUAUUAGUAUGGAAUGGAGCAAGUAUACCGACCACCUACACUAACCUAACUAGGGUAUACUAUUUAGACUCUAAUGUUGUGAAUCCCACUCAUGGCACUUGUGAAUAA